AUGGGUAACGAUAAUCAUCAUAAAAAGCAUCAUUUUAGAGACAUUGCAGAGGAAGUGAUGACAGAAAUAAUGUCAGAGAAGCACUCUGAAGCACAUCAAUUGCUUAGAAACGCUCCAGGAAAUGAAAAUCGUAGUAUGGCAGCCAAGAACAGAGGUGAGGUGCAUGGUAUUACACAUCCUGGAUCGACCGGUGUGAUCUAUGUGAUGGACCGAGCGACGAAGAACGGAUACACGCCUGAUAGUGAAGAAUGGGCUAAUUUUGGUCAAGGCGCUCCUGAAGUCGGCCAUAUUGAUGGUUGCAAGGAACGGCCUCGUCAGAUUGAUAUACCCGAGGAGGCUUAUGAGUACGCUUCUACCACUGGCAUUAAAGAGCUCAGGAAGGCAGUAGCCAAUCUGUACAACGAAAUCUACAGAAAGAACAAGUCAUCCAAGUACACAGAGGAAAAUGUCUGUAUUGUCCCCGGUGGUCGUGCUGGUUUGAGUCGCUUGGCAUCCGCCAUGGGUGAUGUCAAUGUGGGCUAUUUCUUACCCGAGUAUACCGCCUAUGAACAAAUGCUGUCUGUCUUUAGACGCUUUGUGCCUAUCCCUACUGCCUUGGAGGAAGAGACGAGGUAUCAUAUAUCGCCCGAGACGCUCAAGAAGGAAAUCUCUUCAAGAGGUCUCAGUGUAAUCGUUGCUUCCAACCCUCGUAAUCCGACUGGUCAAGUGAUUCAGGAUGAUGAACUGGCUGCCUUGGUUCAGAUCGCUAAAGAACGACACACGGCCAUGAUCAUGGACGAAUUUUAUUCUGCUUAUAUUUAUGAUCGAGAAGAAGGAAAGACAGUGAGCAUAGCUGAAUUUGUCGAGGAUGUUAAUGAAGAUCCCAUCAUUGUUGUUGAUGGCCUAACGAAAAAUUAUAGAAUGCCUGGAUGGCGUGUCUGUUGGAUUGUUGCACCUAAGGCUGUUAUCACUGCCAUGGAACAAGCUGGUUCAUACCUCGAAGGUGGUGCAAACCAUCCACUUCAGCAUGCUGCUAUACCUUUCCUUGCUCCUGAGGUUUAUAAACAGGAAGCAAAGGCACUUCAAAGACAUUUCAAAGAAAAGCGCGAUUAUGUACUCAAGAGACUCGAAGAGAUGGGAUUAAAAGUAAAGGUACCACCUAACGCUACGUUCUAUAUCUGGCUUGAUGUCUGUGGGCUGCCUGAACCUUUAAACAUUGGACUGACAUUCUUUGAAGAAUGUUUAAAAGAAAAAGUUAUUGUUGUUCCUGGUAUCUUCUUUGAUGUGAAUCCUGCACAUCGUCGUGAGUUAUUCGAAUCUCCCUGUCAUCAUUUCGUAAGACUAAGCUUUGGCCCUCCUAUGGAGCAAGUCAAGAAAGGACUGGACAAUAUUGAACGUAUGAUCAACAAGUUUAAAAACAAGUCAAAGUAA